AUGUUAGUUGAUCCCUCUUUUUGCGGUUGCGAGCACUUACAAAAACACCAGGUUCCGGUACGUGCUAUUUUGUGGGAUGAACACGUCGAUGAGCCGCGUCAGCAGCAACAGCACGUCGUUGAACAGCUGGAUCAGGUUCAGCGACAUGCUGGGCUCUGCAUGCUCUGCAUGCACGGCCUGCCCCGUUUGGACUCGUCGUCGUCAGAUGCCCCAAUCAUCUGCACAUUAAGAAUAACCACCACGAUCUUGUGGUUGACUUUGGCCACCUUCAGCUCGCUGAUCUUGUACGACGACUUGUACACCUCGAGCGACUGGAUCUGGUCCACGAUCUUGGCGUCGAUGUCCGGCUGCGGGUUGCGCAGCAGCAGGAUGCCUGCGAGUCGAGAGAUCAGCUUCCAGGCAAACGUGAGCACCAUGGCCGCGAGGGCCAGACUAGAGACCUCGUUGACCGUGGAGACCAGCUCGGUGUGUGCCACGAGCGGUUUCUCGUGCAGUCCAAGCGAUCGCACAGUAUCCUGCACCGUUGGCAGCGUGUACUGUUGUGGGACAGGCACGGAGGUUCGUUUUGGCGGUUCCUGGAACAUGUUCAUCGAAACGGACGAGUGCUUGUAUCUAUGGCCACGUCUAUAUGAGGCCUUUGGUCCCGAGUUUGGGGUCAAUGGGGCCGGAUUCAGCGAUAGAUUAUCACUCGAGUUGUUCAUUGUAAUGGAGCCAAACUUGAACGGCUGGUUUCUCACGGGUGACCCUUUGCGAAUGGGCGAGCUUGUUCUUUUGGGCGACCGCGAACGGGAGUAUCUGUAUGCAUUGGUAUGGGUGAACGAGGUGUUGGAGCCGUUGGACUGGGUAUAUAAGCUUGGCUUGUUUUCGUCGAUGGUGUCGUCGAACGACUCGUCGACCUUCAAAUCGGGGAUCCCUGUCAAGGGUAAAGACAUUGGGAAAGAAAACAAGACUAAAAAAAUUAAUUUAAUGAUUGAGGUUGUUUGUAACGACCGACUGGGUAAAAAAAUCAGGGUCAAGUGUCUCCCCACCGACACGGUGGGUGACUUCAAGAAGAUCGUGGGGUUGCAAGUGGGGGUUGAUUCCAACAAGGUCGUGUUGAAGAAAGGGUAUAUGAUCUUCAAAGACCACAUCACGCUGGACGACUACGAGAUCCACGACGGAAUGAACCUGGAAUUACGCGUCGAACACGUUGAACCGGCUGCUCUGCUCAUCGCCGUGGCUGUCGAACAUCUCAAGGAUGCUGGCCUUGUUGCCGCAUCGGUAGCAGUAAUUGGGAGCAGACCACACAGUGUUGACUUUGCCCUUCCAAAACACCUGGUACCCCUCGUUGCAGAGCUGGUGCGCCCUGUAGAUCUGUUCGAAGUCGUUCACCUGCAGAAACUUGUUCACCACGUUGAUUCCAAACUGGUAGCCUGCUCCUCUAGAAGAUAUGCGGAAGUUGAGCAGCUCCAGAUCCGGGUCGCUCCAGACCAGGUCGGCCAUGGGCCCGUCGUGAGGGAUCUCCUUGAACCUGUCGAUCACGAGAAUCGAGUCGAUCGUCUGCACGUUCGGCGAAAGCCCCCCGUGCACGCAAAACAGGUUGUUGUCGAUGAUUGCGGCGAGAAUUAG